UAACAUAAUUAUUCUCACCAAGUCAUUCUGUCACCAUGGCAUCUAACGGAGUACGUAAAUAGUGUUAAUAAUUUAGCAUUUUUGGGCCAUUUCAAGUUUAACACCUGCUACCGCGAGAGGCGAAGUUGUUUUUGAGAUCGAUUCGAAAACUUUCAGCCUCACUAACUUAAAAUAAUGUUCCUGUUACUCUACCUUGUAGCAGUUUUAUCUAAUUGUGAGGCCUCAGAAUUUAAGUUCAGCCUCUCCAGGUCUACAGAUUGGCAAUAUGUUGGCCGUCGUGUAAAGUACACACUUGAAAUGACCAUUCCAGAGACCACUCAAUUGAAGACAAAAAUCAAGUGUCCUUUCAACACCUCCGCCAUUCUGCGACUAACAAAAACAGAAGUAACUGAGGUUAGCUCUCAGCUGACCGUCCCAAACACGUCCCCAAACCUCACUUCAUCUGCAAAUGAUGGUCUUCACGAUAUUGCAUUUUUUGAAUUUGGCGAAGUCACUCGAGCAACUUAUGAGAACGAAACCAAGAUUAAGAUUGAGUUUGAGAUUCAGGUGAUGGAUCACCAGGAGAUCGUGAACGGUGGCUUGCAGUGGGUUAGUGUUGGAACCGAGUACAAAAAUCAAUCUGUUUGGGCUGCCAUGCUAGCAGUAAAGACUGUCAAACCAGCCUGCAAGAGACCUGAUCUGAAAGUGACCCUAUGGAGUGUUUCAAACUACCAUACCGUUCGCUCUGGAGACAAAAUCAAUCUCCGUGUGGAUGUGGAGCACUCAGACGAUACUACAGACCUGGUGGAGAAUGGCAAAUUACAACUACCCUUACCGCCUUUCCUUACCUACAAUGAUUUUACCAAAUUCUCCAACUCUGUCAGUGUUGUUGCGCAAUCUGAUUCGCAGAUGGUCUCAUUCAAGUUUGAGAAACUUGAAUUUUACCAAAAAGUGUCACUGAGCAUAAAAUUAAACCUGGAUCCCGGCAAAACAAGAGCUGACGGGAAAAUCCACGACUGUACAGUGUACGUGAAUCUUAAAUACAAUGGGUCAGCGGACACCUGUAGCUCGGCCUCAGGCUCCCGGGAGUUUUCUCACCAAGGGCCAUCCUCAGCUUCAUUCAAGUAUUAUGUGCAAAAAGCCAAAUGUGACGAAGCUCUUGGUUUGCAAGAUAAGAGUAUCACAGACUCUAAGAUUACAGGUUCGUCCUAUUCUUCUGGCGGUGAGCCUCACGAGGCCAGGUUGGAUGGCAGUAAGGCGUGGAUACCUAGUGGACAGUUGGCGAAGGAAAAAUCACAGUUUCUUCAAGUCGAUUUCACAAAAGUAGCCAAGGUCUGCCGACUCACCACACAAGGUUUCAAUGGCAGUUUCGUCACCAGACUUUCCCUUUUCUACAGCGAUGAUGGAGUCAUUUGGAAACCAUAUAAAGAAGGAAGUAAGAUCAAGGAAUUUGCGGCAAACACCAAUGACGACUACACUCAGAUUAUUGUGCUUCAGAUUUGUAUCCAGGCUCGGUUUAUCCGUAUCAAUCCUGUGGGGUGGUACAGCAGUAUUGCUCUCAGGGUGGAGUUCUUCGGGUGCACGAUUGGUCCUGCACCCUCCUCGGGUUCUUUGACAUUCACAAGUCGCGGUUACUUGUUGGACAAGAGCUCUGACGUCAUGUAUGUUUGCAGCGUGCCAAUGAAAGGAAGUAAAAGUGCACCAAAUUGCUUUCGUAGUAAAGACAAAGGCAAUUCUUGGACAGGCUUGGAUAAUCGUCUUCUUACUCUGGUUGGACAUGACAAGGACGAGAAUAUUCUCUUUGGAGUGAGCAAGAACGGAAAAGCCAUUCUGAAAAGCACCACAGACCAUUUGGCUCGGUUCGUCGCCGUUCCUGAAGAUGAAUGGGUGAAAGCAAAAACUAAAUCAAACACAGUUUUAACUAAAAUGCUCGAGAAUUCCUUGGCUAUUGCUGACGCAAACAUGAACCCACAAUCUCCACACACAGUCACUGCGGACAACUCCGGCACUGAGUGGGGAGCUUCUGCUCAAGGCAUUCAUGUAAAAGAGAGCUCACAGUGGAAACUGAAAGCCAUAUGGAUGUGUUCUGAACUUGGUAAUAAGUAAGCUGUUCAUGCAUCUCCCCUGGUGGGAUAAAAACUAUAACGAGGCUCAGUUGGUAAUUUAAUAUUAAUUUUUUUCCUAAAAGUGAGCCAGUUCGCAGUGAACUCUCUCAUAAAAGCCACAUUGCAACUAUGUAUCUACAUUCGGUAACUUUUCAUAUUUUCAGCUUUACGUCUCCUGGACGUCAUUGUAGUUAAUACUUACUCGUGACAAAAAUCAUGUCGAUAACCUAUCAAUUACCUUUACUACAGGUAUUCUGUUCUAAGAUUUUUUCACCAGUUAGAUGUUUCACUCUUAGGAGUGACCAAUUUGUAAUUUCUCCUCACAAUAUUGAUACGUGAUCAAGCAAAAAGGUGCUGAGAAUAAACGAAAAAAUCACCAGUAAGUUAAGCACUAAAUUCUCAUAAACAAUAUCGUAUGAAAGGUACAGAAGACAAAAAGGAGAAUUUAUAUUGUAAUCUUCUUAAUGAAAGGUUUAGAAGAUUGUAGGUUCUUUGAUCAGCAACAGAAAAGCUGAAGUUUUCCUAUUAGGAGGCAAUUUUUGCGCAGCAUGACAGAAAAUACCUUUUUAAAGUUUAUAUUCCUUUACGCACUCAGAUUUAUAAUUUUGGUUAAAUAUUAUACGUGCGAAAAUCGCGCGCGUUUGACUGGCUGAAAACGAGUGCAUUUUUCAUGUAACACUAUUGCAAAUAAGUAACACGAGUGCAAAUAAGUAACACGAGUGCAAAUAAGUAACACGAGUGCAAAUAAGUAACACGAGUGCAAAUAAGUAACACAAAUGCAAAUUACAAAUGGCGCGCGCGCUGCCAAAAUUUCGCCCGUCUUGACUUUGUGUUAUGGGUUUUGCAAUCAAAUUAUUAAUAAGUAGCAACAUGAUUUCUCGAUCGUACAAUUUGUUGUAAAUAAGCACUUAUAAAUUGUACUCUACGGGCUCGUUUAAUUUUAUUGUCUUUAAGAAAUUUGCUCUUGUGUAUUAACACCGAAUUACACUCGAAAUCAUGUUGUCAGCUAUACACAUUUCAUCACUUAGCCACCGACGAAUUGUAGUUUUAUAAAUUGAUAAUUAAAACCGCUCUUUCACUUACUGUAACAUAAGACUAAGACUCUAUGCUAGUUUUUUUCAGAUCUUAACUCUAGAUGGUGAUUAUAUUGUUAUGCUAAACUCGUUUCACUUAUAAUUAAGAACCUGUGUUUAAAAACUUCAACGAUGGUCUUUCACCUUGAAGACUAGCCUGCGUACCAGGCCUUUCCGUUUACUUUUAUCCAAUAGAAGGAAACUUGAGCCGCGCAGGGGCAUGGGGCGAAAGUGAGCAAAACAGGUGACUGACACAGGAAGGGGUAGGGAAGAAAAAGAAAGGCUUGUUGCUGCUGAGCUCACAGAUUUUACAUCCUUCCGUUCUUCCGCGAACGGGAGGCAGUGGCAUUACUUGUGAGGAUGAAAGCUCGAACAUAAUCAGUCUUUUUAGUUAAAAGAAGAAGUACGGGCGAGGUUGAGCGAUUAUUGUGAUGUAUUUUUAUCAUUUAAAUCACAUAUCUACAUACUUUUUGUGUAUGCGAGUGAUUCUUCAAGUUUUAAUACCAUUUUUACGUUCUUUGUGUAACUUCCGUCAUAAGAAAUAAAGUGUUCCUUGUU